AUGACAACCCCCUUCGACAAAACCCUCUCCCUAAUCGACGCCGCCCACGCCGCAGACCCCAAAACCAUCACCCCGCCAACCUCCUCCCCAGAAGUUGAACCCAUCCCAUACGAACUCCACUACGCCAACAAAAUGACAAAAUACCUCGCCCUCCGCUCCCCCUCCGCCUCUGAACCCCUCCGCCUCGCCGUCCGCGCCCAACACCUCCGCCGCUGGGAGGUCCCCCGCACAGACUUCCCCGCUACGAAAAUCGGGUACCACAGCUGGCGGAGCUACCUCGCGAAACGGCAGGCGGAGAUCGCGCGGGCGUUGUGCGUUGAGGGCGGGUAUGAUGAGGCGGUUGCGGGGAGGGUUGCGGCGCUGGUGCGGAAGGAGGGGCUGAAGGGUGGUGAGGACGAGGAGGUGCAGGUGUUGGAGGAUGUUGCUUGUCUUGUGUUUUUGGAGGAUCAGCUGGAGGAGUUUCAGGAGGGGUAUGAGGAGGAGAAGGUCAUUGGGAUUUUGCAGCGGACUUGGGUGAAGAUGAGUGAGAGGGGACGGGAGUUGGCGCUGGGGAUGGAGCUUGAGGGGAGGAGUCGGGAGUUGAUUCAGAAGGCUUUGGGGGGUUGA